AUGGCCGCUCCCAACGCAUUUGGGGAACUCGGCUUGUCCGUCAUAGGUGUCGGUAGCCAGUACCCGCCCUACUCGUUGAAGACGGACUCGAUAGACUACCUGAGCAAUAAGUUCUACGCCGAAUCGCCUUCCAUGAAAAAGGUUCUCGCCAUCAACCGCUUCACCGGCAUCGACUAUCGCUCGUCCAUCGGGACGCACGAACAUCCCGUCGUCAACAAUAAGGAUGCACCAUCCAUUGCCGAGCUGCACCAGGUAUUCAUGAGCGACGGCGUGCCCUUGGCAGUAGAAGCAUCGCGCAAGGCCAUCGAGGAGGCCCGCAUCGACCUCAGCGAAAUCACACACGUCGUGUCGACGACGUGCACAGACAGCGCCAACCCCGGCUUCGAUCAUUACGUCGUCAACGGGCUGGGCAUUACACACCAGGUCGAGAAGGUUCUGCUGCACGGCGUCGGCUGCAGUGGAGGGCUGGCGACGUUGCGGACGGCGGCCAACCUGGCUUUGGGACACAAGGCUCGCAACAAGCCAGCCAGAAUCCUCUGCGUCGCGCUUGAGGUCAGUACAACCUUGGUGCGCAGCGAGCUCAACAGCAUCGACGCGCUUCAAGAAACGAGGAUCGGUGUAGCCCUCUUCUCCGACUGUGCCAGCGCCGUCGUGCUCAGCAACGGUGUCGGCUCGCCGACAGAGCCCGUCUAUGACUUGCUGGGCUGGGAGCACAAGAUCAUCCCCGAUACCGAUCACGAUCUGGGCUUCGAUGUUGAUCCUCUUGGAUGGAAGGUGAUUCUCUCGCCACGAGUACCGAAGCUUGCGUCGGCCGCCAUGCCGUCGACUUUCAAAGAGAUGCUCGCCUCCGUCCCGUCACUACCACCCUCGUAUCAAAACGCCGAUGACUUUGACUGGGCGAUGCAUCCGGGUGGGGCCACGAUCCUGUCGGGGGCCGAGAAGACGAUGGGCAUCUCGUCAUACCACAUGCGGGCGAGCUACGACACAUACAUCAAUCACGGAAACUCAAGCUCAGCAACGAUAUUCAGCGUCUUGGAUCGGCUGCGGGCUAAGGACAUGGACGCAAUAGCGCCGGACGGCCGGGUACGUGACUACGUGGUGGGGUGUGCGUUCGGGCCGGGCAUCUCGGUGGAGAUGUGCAUGCUGAAGCGGAACAUGAGGGCGCGCGGCGUCACGGGUCUGCAGACGCCUCCAGAGACGGAGAGCGAGGGCAGCACCAGUGAAGCUGGGGACGACGGCGGGGCACAGCCCGAGGAGCGGGCAUCUUCGGGACGGCAAAUGGACCAGACCUUCGUUGCGGAGGCGAUGGGGGAUCUGGACCUAGACUGA